CACAAAUUUGGGUACUCAAUUCUACAAUUUUUCACCGUUUAGGUACUGAAUUUAUUUUCUUUACCGUUUGGGUACUGAGUACCAAAUUCCGGCAAAAAAAAAUAAUUCUCCUUAAGAAUUGAGUCCCCUUGGUAAACAAUUCAGUACCUUGGGUUAACUCUAAGUGGGGCCCACUCGAAUUAAAAAAGCGCGGGGUCAAAAAAAAAAUUCCCCCUUUUCUUUAUUCCUUUAUUCCCCCUUUAUUCUUUAUUCCUUUAUUCCCCCUUUAUUCUUUCCAAUUCUGGAAAAUAGCCGCGCAUUUGGUGAAGAACACGACCAUUCCUUUGGGCAAAUUUGGGGAAAACGACACUUAGUGCAGCCAUUUUUUUGAGGGUUUGAUUAAUGCAUGUGUUUUGCGAAGUAAAACAAGGGAGGUUUUGCUUCAACUUGACUGCAGUACAAAGGGGGAGAUCUUGAAGAAGCAGCAGCUGUUCUUUUUUUUUUUUUUUUUUUUUUUUUUUUAUUUUCUGGGAAAAUCGUUGAUGAUGAAUUUAGGAUAAGAAAACUGGAUUGAUUCUGUUUGCUGCUUUUUGAAUGAUUCAACAGAAAAAUUAGUUAUAUAUUGUUUUUUUUUUAAAAAUAUUUUUUUAAUUAGGUAUGGUUAGUGGUGAGUUAGUGGCGAGUUAAUUAGCCUAAAAAUAAGUUUGAGUACUUAAAAGAUGAGCAAAAAAAAUUGAGUACGUAAAAGGUGAAAAAUUGAAGAAUUGAGUACCUACUUGUACUCUUAACUCGAAAAGAAUAGACUUUUAAUGUGCAAGGAAGAAUUUUUUUAAAAAAAAAAAAAUAAAAAUAAAAUUAGCAAACCGGGAGAACAGUCCCACGAGGGGGUUUGUUGCUUGUUAUGAUAUCGCCGCUUGUUAGUUGAGUUUGACAAAAACAAUGACAGAAACUGCUGAUUACGUCUCUAAUCCUCUCUCUAAUUCCCCUCUUAAACCUCAACUUCAACAACAAUAUGAAUUUGAAGUUGAAGUUGAAAUUGAAGAAGAUGAUGAACUGAAGAAAUUACUUCUACCUGAUGUUUCCACUCUCCCCCUUUCUCCUCCUUCCGCCGUUGAAACCAAUUUUGUUCGCUAUUUCGCCCUUGAUUUCAUGAAGCCAGGGCAUGAUCAAUAUGUGUAUCGUCAUGCUAAUGGGUUGUGUGUGAUUGGGUUGGCAAAAACCCAUGUAGCUCUUCAGGCUCAAGGAGGUGUUACCUCUGUAGAUUUUAAUGUUGGAAAGUCCGAUCGUAGUGAAUUGAAGGUCUCAGGGAAGCGCAAGAAGAAUGCUCAACACUUUCAACCAAAUAGUAUUUUGUGCAAUGUCCAUAGUGGUGAUGUCCCCUACACUGUCAGGUGUUGUGUCAAAGGGCCAUUGCUUGAAGUCAAUAAUAAACUAAUUGAGAGUCCAGACCUGCUUAAUACAUCGGCUGAAAGAGAAGGUUAUAUCGCAAUUGUGAUGCCAAGACCAGGAGACUGGCUCAAGAUUAAGGAAACGCUUGUGGAUUUUGAUGAGUUUAAGAAAUUACGAAAUCUCAGCUAACAUUAUUUUCUUGCUAGAUUUAUCUCUUGCAAUUGUAGCUGCUUAUAAAGCUCUCACUAACUGCCAUAGAGCAGGUGGGAGCAGCUCAUUCUAAUUGUUUUGAAGACGCUGAGAGCUUGAAGGAGGGUUCAGCCAGACGUUGAAGGCAUAAGAAUCAGAUCCAGCUUAAGGCCCACGGAGACCAAAUCUCGAAUCCUUCUAUGUUAUUGUAUGAUUUCCUUUAUAUUGUAUAUUUAUUUUGAAUAAACCUAGCUUAAGAAAUGUGGAAAAUUAUUGUUUUUUUUUCUUUUUUUUUUUCGGUGAUAAAUUUUUUUCAUUGAAUUCGUUUACCUGUUCUGAAGAGGUUUUUCUCCAUGUUCAAAAAGCUCUACAUGUAUGUUCAAAGUAUAAUCCUUUUUGAUAUAUUUGAAAGUUAAUGUUUGCCUAA